UAUUUGAAGAUGGUACGGUCAUUUGGAUUGGUCUGUCCGCUCCUUUUGGGUCUACUUUGCCUGUGUUCAGCAGCUAAUCCAGGGAUUAAAGCCCAGUUAAGUAAAAAGGGCCUGCAUUAUGGUGUUGACACAAUCUCGCGUUAUCUGCUCUCGCAUGUGACGGCCACUCCACUCCCAGACAUUAAUGGAACUGUGCCAAUGGGACAGGACACAAUGAACUAUGAAUUCACAUGGAUAAGAAUUAGGCAAUUUCAGUAUUCAAACAUCUCAUCUGCUUUUGUGCCUGGGACUGGAGUACAAGUAUCUAUAAAUGGUGGAAACUCGACAAUACACAGUCAUUUUAAACUGAAUGGCUGGUUAAUGAAUGAUACUGGAUCGAGUAUAUUGACGUUAUCAGAAAUAUCUGCCUCUGUCACAAUUGGAGUUCGGCGCAAUAAUUCAAAUAUACCAUCCAUUUAUCUGGCUGAUUGCCAGUUUGAAAUCAAAGGAGUUGAUAUCACGAUGAAUGGUGAAGUCAGUUCUAUUUAUGAUGCUAUAAAACCAACAAUGGAGAAAAUGAUUCGUUCUAAACUUCAUGAUCACCUGUGCUCAUCACUGAGAUAUAUAACCCAGCACUGGGACCAAACCCUGAGCCAAUCACAAUUGAAUAUUUCUCUUUUGGAGCGUAUGGCAGUGGAUCUCUCCCUUGCUGAUGACCCAGUAUUCACAGAACAAUAUGCUGAGAUAGGUUUAAAGGGGAUGUUCCACUCACUUUUAAAUGAGACAGACACCACUAUAGAUCCUGAACCAAUGUCUUUUACAAGUCAAGGUGACUCCAUGCUUAGUGUUGGUAUCUCAGAAUCCGCGUUGAAUUCAGCCUGCCAAGCUUACUUUGCCGGAGGAGACGUUGCUUUCCGUCUCUCAGAUUAUUUUAGUUCCUUAAUUAUCAAUACAUCACACCUGUCUUCUAUAAUACCAGAGAUUUCUCAGCGUUUUAAACAGCCAGAAAAAGUUGAUUUUGCGAUAAAAGCUCCAAAAGCUCCGGUCUUAACAAUGAGCCCCAACGUUCUGAAAGUAGAGAUUGAUGUGGUUAUUAUUGUUAUUGAUCUUCUCCCAGAUGGCACCACAGAAAUGCUCUCUACUGCAAACGCAGAUAUCUCGAUGAGCAGCAAUAUUUCUAUAUCGAGCACAAAGGACUUGAAUGGUUUCAAUAUCUCUGGAUCCAUCAGUCUAAACAGGUGA